CAGGACCUGGGAGAAGAGCAACGAAAGAAAAAGAGGAGAGGAAAAACGGAACAACGACACAAAUGGCACUCAUGGCAGGGAUUUUGUUCGCGGCCACCUUUCUUGUUUUGGGGAUUUCUACAUUGGUUUCGUCGGCACGGAUAUACCCCCCAAAUGAAGUCACGUUAUUGGACUCCAGAUCUGUACAGGGGGAGCUGGGAUGGGUCGCCAACCCGACAGAAGGAGGGUGGGAGGAAGUGAGUAUUAUGGAUGAAAAGAACAUUCCCAUCCGGACAUACCAGGUGUGUAAUGUCAUGGAGCCAAACCAGAACAACUGGCUCCGCACUGACUGGAUCCCCAGAGGCGGUGCCCAGCGUGUCUACAUUGAGAUCAAGUUCACCCUCCGGGACUGCAACAGCCUCCCGGGGGUCAUGGGAACCUGCAAGGAAACCUUCAAUCUUUAUUACUAUGAAUCCAACAACGACAAGGAGCGCUACAUUCGCGAGAACCAGUUCGGCAAGAUUGAUACCAUCGCUGCCGAUGAGAGCUUCACACAGGUGGACAUCGGCGAUCGCAUCAUGAAGCUGAACACAGAGGUGCGGGAUGUGGGCGCCUUGACCCGGAAGGGCUUCUAUUUGGCCUUCCAGGAUGUUGGGGCAUGCAUUGCGCUCGUGUCCGUAAGGGUCUUCUACAAGAAAUGUCCUCUAGCGGUGCGUAACUUGGCCCAGUUUCCUGAUACCAUCACUGGAGCGGAUACGUCUUCACUUGUGGAAGUUCGUGGCUCAUGCGUGGAUAAUUCGGAGGAGAAGGAGGUUCCAAAGAUGUACUGCGGGGCUGACGGAGAGUGGCUGGUGCCCAUUGGGAAUUGCCUGUGUAACCCUGGAUACGAGGAGCGCAAUGCAGAAUGCCAAGCCUGUAAGAUUGGUUACUACCGAGCUCUGGCCACUGAUGGCUCCUGUUCCAAGUGUCCACUUCACAGCUACUCUGUCAGGGAGGGAUCCACCUCCUGCGCCUGCGACAAGGGAUACUUCCGAUCUGAAACAGACCCUGCAUCCAUGCCCUGCACCCGUCCUCCGUCGGCUCCCGCCAACCUCAUCUCAAAAGUGAACGAGACCUCGGUAAACCUGGAGUGGAGCGCACCCCGAAGCUCGGGAGGACGCCAGGACUUGACAUACAAUGUGGUGUGUAAGCGCUGCGGGCCCGACGGACGGCGCUGUCAGCCCUGCGGCAAUGGCAUCCACUUCAGCCCCCAGCAGCUGAGCCUGAAGGGGACCAGGGUGUCCAUCAAUGAGCUUCAGGCCCACACCAACUACACCUUCGAAGUGUGGGCUGUGAACGGAGUCUCGCCUCAGAGCCCCGGGCCAGAGCAGGCCGUUUCCGUGACCGUCACCACCAACCAGGCCGCUCCCUCUCCAGUGACUUCCAUCCAGGCGAAGGAUAUCACAAGACACACCAUCUCACUGGCCUGGCAGCCACCGGAUAGAGCCAACGGGGUCAUCCUGGAGUAUGAGGUCAAGUACUAUGAGAAGGACCAAAAUGAAAGAAGCUACAGAAUCAUAAAAACCUCAUCAAGGAACACUGACAUCAAGGGUCUCACCCCCCUCACCUCCUAUGUUUUUCACGUGCGUGCUCGUACGGCGGCCGGCUACGGGGAAUUCAGCGGUCCGUUUGAGUUCAUGACCAACUCCGUUCCAGCUCCCAUUAUUGGUGACGGGGCCAACUCCACGGUGUUACUGGUGUCAGUGGUGGGCAGCGUGGUCCUCCUCAUCAUCCUCAUCAGCGCUUUCGUCAUCAGCCGAAGAAGGAGUAAAUACAGCAAGGCCAAGCAGGACUCGGACGAAGAGAAGCACUUACAUCAAGGAGUGAGGAUAUACGUUGAUCCCUUCACCUAUGAGGACCCAAACCAAGCUGUUCGUGAGUUCGCCAAAGAGAUCGACGCCUCCUGUAUCAAGAUCGAGAAAGUUAUCGGCAUUGGGGAGUUCGGCGAGGUCUGCAGCGGCCGCCUGAAGAUGCCGGGCAAGAGGGAGAUCUGCGUGGCCAUCAAGACGCUAAAGGCCGGCUACACCGACAAGCAGAGGAGGGACUUCCUGUCUGAGGCCAGCAUCAUGGGGCAGUUCGACCACCCGAACAUCAUCCACCUCGAAGGCGUGGUCACCAAAUGUAAGCCAGUGAUGAUUAUCACAGAGUACAUGGAAAACGGAUCGCUGGAUGCAUUCCUGAGGAAGAAUGAUGGUCGCUUCACAGUGAUACAGCUGGUGGGCAUCCUGCGCGGAAUUGCAUCGGGCAUGAAGUACCUGUCAGACAUGAGCUACGUUCACCGCGACCUGGCGGCUCGCAACAUCCUGGUCAACAGCAACCUGGUGUGCAAGGUGUCCGACUUCGGCAUGUCCCGAGUGCUGGAGGACGACCCUGAGGCUGCGUACACCACCAGGGUGAGUCAUGUGUGUAGGCAAGCAUGUGUCCGACUGAUGUGGUGGUCACCUUGCUUGUCGGCUUUGUCAGCUUUCAUUAAUCAGCCCAUCUUUCAAUUACAGGGAGGGAAGAUCCCCAUCCGCUGGACGGCCCCAGAGGCCAUCGCUUACAGGAAGUUCACCUCGGCCAGCGACGUGUGGAGCUACGGCAUCGUCAUGUGGGAGGUGAUGUCAUAUGGCGAGCGACCAUAUUGGGACAUGAGUAACCAAGAUGUGAUCAAGGCUAUUGAUGAGGGCUAUCGGCUGCCGCCGCCCAUGGACUGCCCUGUGGCGCUCCACCAGCUCAUGCUGGACUGCUGGCAGCGAGAGAGGGCCGACCGGCCAAAGUUUGGACAGAUCGUCAACAUGCUGGACAAGCUGAUCCGCAACCCCAACACUCUGAAGAGGACUGGGGGAGAGACUGCUGUCAGGCCUAACACCACCCUGCUGGAGCCGGGAAGCCCCGAGGCGUCCUCAGCCAUGGGCACAGUGGAGGACUGGCUCCAGGCCAUCGGCAUGGAGAGAUACAGCGACAACUUCACCGCCGCCGGCUACACCACUCCAGAGGCUGUGGUCCACAUGACACAAGAGGACAUGGCUCGCAUAGGCAUCUCCUCGGCAGCACACCAGAACAAGAUCCUGACCAGCGUCCAGGGAAUGCUGUCCCAAAUGCAACAGAUGCAAGGCAGAAUGGUUCCCGUCUGAGAGAUUUAAACAAAGAAAAAAGGAAAAAAAGGAAGCAAAGCGACUUCGUUUCUUAUGAAAAAAAUACAUAAAUAACAAAAAAGAUUAAAUAUAAAAAAAGAGACAAAUAAACUAUGAAGAAAUAGUUUACCUCAUCCAUGCACUUUAAAUUGGAUCUAAAAGAAAAGAUGUUGAUGAAGAAGAAAAAAAAAGUGGUGAAAAUGGCACUUUUUGAAAAAUCAGACCUUUACCUUACCCUUUUUUUGUUGUUGUUUUGGAGAAUGGGACGCUUCUGUCUGCAGCAUUUACGGAUAGAUGGAGGGACGGCUGGAAAAGUGCUUCCGAGAGGCUAAUCUGGAGUGCCUUUAAUGGUCUGGAAGGAAAAGCGAGGGAAAGGGGGAACCGUACCUUUCUUCCUCCUCUUGGGCAGAGUGUUGUUUCUGGAACUUUCUUUCUGGAAUAAUCCGCGGAGCAGAUUUUUUUGAUUUCCUGUGACUGUGUUUAUUGUACAUGAAUUGUUUCUGUGGGACUCGCAGGCUGCCCCGGCCACCAUUGUUCUCUCUCAGCUGGAUCUGUUUGGUAUCUCACAGACAAAAUGGAAGAUCCCGACCAUCAUAUAUAAACAGUGAAUCUCUGAGAGGUUGAGGGUUGGAUUCUGAGGGGAGAUGGCGGUGCAGGGGAGGGCUUAUUUUUGAAGAGCUUUUUGUGUUUUUUGCUCUGUUCUGGCCUUGUUUUUCUCCCAGAACGCUGUAUUUUGUUGCCCUCAGGACAUUGCUGAGAAUGUCUUUGAUGUUCCAGAGGAGCCUUCCCACUCCCCUGUCUUCCCAAAAAUGCCCUCCUACACCUCAGAUAAACACACAAUUUUGGAUUCUUCCAUUCAUCUCCCCAUCUUAAUCAAAGCCCCAAAGCCGCCCAGCUUCUGCAGGAGCCUCCGACUCUUCCUCACCACCUCUGAUGGACAGCUGAUCGGACCAGUUGAAUUGGCUCGCUAAAUUGGACACGAGAAUAAAGGAAUUUAUUGUCAGGAUUCAUUUGUACAAAAGGAUGUUAAAAGGCAAUAUGGAUGCAGAAUGAAUCAGAAUCAUCAGCGUCAUCAUCGCCAAGCAAAUAAACAAAGAAAAACACGCAGGAUUACAAGAACCGCCAUCAAGCUGCUGCCGUCCAUCAUAAACAGGAUCCCGGCUUGCUCACCACGGCCAGAAUUUUUCCUCUUUGUCUUCCUCCUCCUUCUUUCCCGUCCUCUCCUUGGAGUAUCCUCCGACACCGAGACGACAGAUCCAUCCCGGAGCGUCCGGGACGUCCACCGUCACAACUUGACAAACUUGCCACUACGCUCUUGUGGCUAUCCAGCAAUGUACUGGAAUUACUAUGAAUGAUUUAACAGCUUAAAAAAAGAGACAAUAAGAAGAAUGUAAUAUAAUCGAGAAGCCCUGCUCCAGCGGAUAAUGUACUUUUAUUUUGAAAGUUUCAUUUUAUUUUGUGAUUUUUUUUUUUUGUUUGUUUUUUUAUUGUUUUGUUUUGUUUGCAUGUAAAGUAACAAACGUUUGAUUUGAGCGUGCGAAUGCGAUGGCGUGUGUGCACGGUUGUGUGUGUGUGUGUAGCUGUAUGAGUGACAACAUCUUUGAAGUACUAUCAGUAAUUGUGUCUGUUUUUAUGCCACUGUGGAGGAAGAGAAGAUAACAGAGACGUAUUGUUUUUGACAUGGAAAAAGAAAAACCCUGGAAUUUUUUUUUUUUGCUUUUGUGUCGUCUAAAAAAAAUUAAAAACGAUGUGAGGUAUGUCGCUCCCAUCGUGCGAACCGCUACUCAGCAACAGCAUUUAUUAAACAGCUUUCUGGAAUGCAGCCUAUUUCUGCUUUGGCAGUAACAGCGGCAAAUGGACACACGGCGACACGGUGUGACUAAAACCCUCCUGUGCAUAGAAACGUGCCGAAACACGGACGAGAGUUUGGACUCUCCGAGCUCGUGACAAGUUGAGGAGAAAAUGAGAGCAGUUUAAAAUGACGCACCUGUACACAACAAAAGGAUCAGAGAAGUGAGGAAAAGGUGUUUAAGAAGGGAAAACUAUUAAUUUUUUUUUUUUCCAGAGCCCAUCAUACAGCUACAGGUUUAACCCAAUGGACUAUAUUUGUUUUUGUUCCUUUAUCUCUUUAAACUAUACUUAUGCGAAUGUUUUUGAAAAAAUGACGCUUCAUAUAAUACAAAAACACCUCCGUCCUUAAUACAGCUCUACUGCUCUUUCCUUUUUUUGGCUUUUUGGGUUUUAUCUAUCGAAAAAGGACCUGUUUGGAAAUAUGCAAGACAUGUUUGGAAGGAAGAGGAAACCAGAAUGUACUGUAAAAUACUUUUUUCCUUUACUUAAAUGUUGGACGAUUUGAAAAAAAAAAAGAAAAAAAAAUUAACAAAACGCAAGAGUUAAUGUUUGUCAUUGUAUGCCUUCCGAUGCCAUAUGAUCUAGUCAUGUAGAUCUAACAUUCUCUCAAUCUUCUUUUGUACUUUUUUUUGACAUGAUCAUGUUUUUUUGGCCUUGUUUUAUUUUGUUUAUGUCAAGGAGCUCUAGGUACAUGUAACUUAUGUCAUUUAUUUAUGUCCUUUUAUAUCUAGUUUGUAAAAUAAUAGCCUAAAGUGAAGAAAAUAAAGGGGUGCCAAAGUGCAUUCUUAAUAAAGUAGAAACCGUA